AUGGUUCGCACGCGUGAGGCCAUCGCUGACCGAAACGCCCAGGAACUCAUUCAGGAGGAGGAGGCCGCAAGAGAGCAACAAACACAGCGGGGCCAGCAGAGGGGGAGGACCAAUAACAACAGGGGCGGCCGAGCCAACAACCAAGCGGCCGGACAGAGGAAUGCUCGUCAGCAGCAGCAGCAGCAGGAGGAGGGGGGGCAGGCCCAGCGACAUGUGGCGGAGGAAGAGGGGGACCGCAGAGUGCAGCCUGAAGACGAAGGCGGUGGAGCCCAUGUGGAUCACAGCGAGGCGACCUACAGUGGCGGCUGGCAGCGAGCCGUGUGCCAACGACGCCGCCCCAGAGGCAGCCAGUCGGUCAUUCAGGACCAGCAGCCAAGAGCACAACCACCGCAGGCACAGCAUCCAGGCCCGCAGGCACCAUCAGGAGCAGCAGCAGCAGCAGCAGCAGCAGCGCAGCAGGCAGCACGUCCGGCAGCCAGUCGCUCGUCCGUCCCUCGCCCCUCUGCACCUCAGGGCUCUCCUGGUGCCCAGCAGGCGUUGGAUGGGGCAGGAGGGAACGGUGCCGUGAGAAGCGGCCUGCCCCCGAUGGUCGCUCCCGUAGGCGUGCCCAGGUAUGUACGGGUGUCUGACGGACACGUGCAGUGCAGUCCUUGCUAUGCUGGCGUGAACUAACUUGUUUGGUGCGUGUCGUGUCGUAUGACUCUGUCUACAGGGUGAGUGAAUGGCUAGGCGGUCUGUUCGGGUACGUAAGGCCAGCAGCACACUCACUCACGUACAUAAUGGAUGCAUCCAGGUGUGCUGUGCCUCUCUGUGUGUGUGUGUAUGUGUGAGCUGUCUUUCCUUCAUUCCUCGCUUCAGGCCGUCCACCGACACGAUCUGCACCGUCUGCCUGGACAACCCAAGGGUCAUCAAGUUCAUGCCGUGCAGGCAUUUCCUGACGUGUGCCAAGUGCUAUGACCAGCUGCAGAAGCACCAUGAGGAGGAGAAGGCGCAGGGGCGGCAGCAGAGCGAGAGGCCCGUUUGUCCCGUCUGCCGCAGGUCAGUGACUCAGUCAGUCAGCCAACCCUUGACGCGCAACGAGACGCGCGCACUCGUGUGUGGCCUUCCUUCUGCAUUGUGUGCAGUGAGAUCCACUUUGCUGGGACGGAGAUGGAGGUCAAGAAAUGGGCUGAGAUGAAGUUCACCUAGGCAACCAGACCAGGGGUGAUCGGAAUGUCUGUCUGUGGUGUCCGACGCUUUUUUCCGUGUAUGUGAUGUGUCGAUCGACUGGACUGACUGUGUAUGGUAUGAUGGAUAUAGACAGAGAGCUU